AUGGCCCCAGACCUGGGCCUCGCCUGUCAUCUGAGCACAGAUACAGACUUUGGCCUGUUGGCCCCACUGGGGAUCCUCACCCUGCUGGCCAGAAUGGAGGGCAGCCCGAAGCAGCCGUGCCUGCCGAGGGGGCCCCGGGAGGUGGGGGACAGCCAGGCCCUCGCCAAGCUGCAGGAACUGGCCCUGACAUGGUUCACGGAGACACAGGCACCCCUCAUCCUGCAGGACGGAGCCCUGCCCCCCUGGUUUCACGGAUUCAUCACCCGCAAGCAGACGGAGCAGCUGCUUGGGGACAAAGCUCUCGGCUCCUUCCUCAUCCGCCUCAGCGACCGGGCCACUGGCUACAUCUUGUCCUACAGGGGCAGCGACCGCUGUCGGCACUUCGUCAUCAACCAGCUGCGGGACCGGCGCUACCUGGUCUCGGGGGACACGCACAGCCACGGCACCCUGGCCGACCUCGUACGCCAUUACCAGGAGGUGCAGCUGGAGCCCUUUGGGGAGACCCUGUCUGCUGCCUGCCCGCGGCCGGAGGACAAUGAUCUGUAUGAUGCUAUCACCCUGGGGCUCCACCACACCCAUGGGGGCCCAGACAACCCAGCCGUCACAGCUUCGCCGGCAGUGGUCCUGGACGAGGCUGCCAGCCCCUGCCCCUGCCCCAAGCCACAGGUCUCCUUCCUCCAAACCAAGAGCCGGGAUGCGAGUUCCUGCAGCUUCUCGGAGCAGGGGGCCGUGGCGGUCCCCGGGAGGGUGCCUCCCCUCCCUGAGAGGAGUGCCUCCCUUCUGGAUGAGUCCUUUGGAAGCCCCAACAACAGUAUCUACUCAGACCUGAGGAAGAUGAACCAGGCACAGCUAGGCCUGGGCCCAGAGGCAUCCGGCAGACCCAGGCCAGCUUCAGGGGGCAGCCAGCCCAGCUCCCCAGGCAAGGAGUCCCUGAAGAGACUCUCAGCUGGAGGUCAGAACAGGCCUGAUGGCCUGGGGCCUGCCUUCUCUGGGGUGAGCCCUGAGCAGGGUCCCACAGGGCCUCCCACAGCCCGGGGCCACCUGCCCCCCGCUUCUGAGGCCCUGGGAUCCUCCGCCACCCCCUGGAGCCAGGCAUCUCCAAAGCUGAGCCACAGGGCUCAGCCGGGCUCCCAGGGCACUUCUGCAGACACUUACCAGCUCCUGCAGACAGAAGGUCCCCUGUCAGAGCCCGGGGACAAGCCAGACCAAGAAGGCAGUGCCUAUGCGCAGGUCCCAGUGCGCUGGGGGGGCUCACCCAGGCCCCCGUGUCCCGGGACCAGUCCUCCAACUAGCAGGCCACCAGGAUCCACAGACCAUGGCUACAAGAGGCUCUCAGGGGCCCCAGAGCUCCCUGAGCCCGGGAACACCUAUGAACAAAUCCCAGCAGCCAGGAGCAAGGACACUGGACAGACACACAAGCCCGACAAGCUCUGGAGGCUCUUCUUCACCGACAAGAAGCAUAAGUCCUGA